AUGGCGGAUGAUGCGGAAGCCGCCGAGGUGGAAGCAUCCAGGUACCGCCAAGCCUUUGAGGCCGUUAUGAAGCGUAUCCUGAAGGACUACCAAGGAACGGAGGCGGAAGUGAAGGACGGGAUGGAAAGUGGGAUGCGUCGCCUGUUUGCCCAACCUUAUCCAGCUGAACUGGGCCGAGCGCAAGGCACGGAGCCGUUCAGCUUGGAAGACGCACGUCGCGUCGUGUUUUUUCCAUCCUUGUCCGACAUGAAGACCUAUGUCCACGCCUUUGCGCGCCCGACGCCGUCAUCAGCGAGAAAGGAGCAGCUGAUGAAAUUCAAGCUGCUGAGCGUGUUCUACACGCUGCACCGCUUGGACGGUGCGCUGGUGGAUCGCUUUAUGCAUGCCGGUGGCCUGCUCUCACUGGUGAGUUUGCUUGGGGAGGACAACCCUUACAUCCAGUCGCAAUCCAUGGAGCUGUUGACGGAUUUCCUCGGACCCCUGAUGACUUCUUCGGCUGCGGGUUCCAUGCGACAGGCGCAUCUGCACCAGCAGAUGUACCUUUGUCUGAAGGCAGGUGCGCUCUUCCAGCGUGCUGCUGACAUCCUCAACCAGCCGGGGGAG